UGGCGGCGUGACGUCUGCUCGCCGCCGGGGAAGCGAGGCGAGGCGGAGGAGAGGCAGAUAAGAUGGCGUCGCCCGGUCGUGGGGUCGGAGGUGGCGACGCUGUGCGGGUUUCGUAGGGGCGGGCGGUGGUCGGUGGUCAGUGACCGCAGGGAUAGCCGGAGCUGCCAGCCAGGGGCCGCCAGGCACCGCGCAGGUUCUAAAUGGCUUCUAAGAAGUUGGGUGCUGACUCGCACGGGCCUUUCAGUUAUCUUGAUGAUGUCCCAUUUAAGAUAGGAGACAAAUUCAAAACCCCAGCGAAGGUUGGAUUACCCAUUGGUUUCUGCCUGCCUGAUUCUUCUCAGCUUGUCAGAGGAGCCCAGUAUGACUUCUCACUGGAAAAGAAAACAAUUGAGUGGGCUGAAGAUACCAAAAAAAUUCAAGCUGCCCAGAGAGAAGCUGAACGCAAGGCAGAGGAAGCACUAGCAAACUCAAAAGUAGUUCCAGAGGUCAGCGACAAAAUGGGGUUCUCAGAGGUACCUUGCCCUGAGUCCAUGCCGCCUCCCAUUAACCCCAUCCUCGCUAGCCUGCAGCACAAUAAUAUUCUUACUCCCACACCAGCCAACAGCAGCGCUGUGAAGCAAAAGGUUCUCAGUCCACCUUGUCCAAAAGCAGACUUCAACCCAGCUGAUUUUGAAUGUGAAGAAGACCCAUUUGACAAACUGGAAUUAAAAACUAUCAAUGAUAAGGAGGAAUUAAAAAAUAUUCUUGAAAUUCACGUUGGUACUACUGGGCCAAUUGUUGCCCAGCUGUUAGAUAAUACUUUGCCCAAAGGAGGGUCUGAGGCUGUGUUGCAAGAUGAGGAAGUUCUGGCAUCCAUAGAAAGGGCCACGUUGGACUUCAAGCCCCUUCACAAACCCAAUGGCUUUAUCACUUUACCGCAGUUGGGAAACUGUGAAAAGAUGUCCUUGUCUUCCAAAGUGUCCCUGUCCCCUAUCACUUCAGUGAGCAAUAUCAAAUCCCUGUCCUUUCCUAAACUUGACUCUGAUGAUAGUGACCAAAAAUCAUCAAAGCUUGCAAGCACUUUCCACAGCACUACCUGUCUCCGCAAUGGCACUUUGCUCAGCUCUUUGCAGACCUGUGCUCAGAGUAAAGCGAGUGAACUGAAUGGACACCAUAUGGUUGGUCUUUCUGUUCUAAAUGAGGACAGUGGCAUGGAGACAUCAACAUUAUCCUCUUCAUCCAGGCUGCCUUCCCUGGCUGUGUCAACAGCUUAUACAAAAGAAGAAUCAUCUCAAAGCACAGCGACUAUGGUACACCCAGACCACAAGGAAGCAGAAAUCCCUGUGGUAACGCACCAAAAUUUCACAGUGUCUAAAGUGCCCAAUAACACCAACUGCACAAAGUGGUCGGGUGGCCUCGCCCCUGAGCUACAACAGGUCCUUUCUGCUAGCGAGAGGCAGUGCGUAGAGACAGUUGUCAACAUGGGGUACUCACCUGAGAAUGUCCUGAAAGCCAUGAAGAAGAAGGGACAGGACAUAGACCAGGUUUUGGAUUACCUGUUUGCACAUGGACAGCUUUGUGAGAAGGGCUUUGAUCCACUUCUUGUUGAAGCAGCUUUGGAGAUGUACCAGUGCUCAGAGGAGAAGAUCACAGAACUUCUCCAGCUAAUGAGCCAAUUUAAAGAAAUGGGCUUUGAAAUAAAAGACAUUAAGGAGGUCUUAUUAUUGCAUAACAAUGACCAAGACGAUGCUUUGGAAGAUCUAAUGGCCCGUGCAGGAGCCAGCUGAAAACACAUUCCUGGGUUCUCAGCUGCGAUGGAGCAGGACCAGCCCCACCACCUUCACAUCCAGUGUGACUUGCUCUCGGCAGGAAGGAGCCCGGCCUUUCACAUACAUGGGAGAGUGACUGAGCAAGCCUGCCCACAUGCAUCACUCCAGCAUUUCUCUUUCAACUGAAAGCAACUUUCUUUCUUAAAUUAAAAUUUUAAAGUGUCCUUUCCUAAGUUUCCUUUUUCCAGCUUGGCCACGGAGAGUUCAGACUACCCAGCCUCUACUGGAAUUGUACAUAGGUAGAGACGGGAGUGGUUCCCCCCCCUCACUGUUGCACUGGAGUUGGACAGAAGAAUAUUAAGUUGGUUCUGAAACUAGGAUGCUUUGGUUCUUUGAAGCUGCUUUCAUGGUGUCUUGUCUGCUUGUACUGAAUUACUUGACUGUGUCACAGUCCAGAUUAACUGGUUACAUUUGACCUUUAGUGCAAUGGAGUUUUAUUUUUUGGUUGAAAGUUAGUAACUUAGUAAAACACUGGUUCAGAAACUGCCGCUAUGCAUAAAGAGAGAAGCUCUUCCUCCUGUGUGGUUUUGGUUUUUGUGGGGUUUGGUCUUUUUUUUUUUUUUUUUUCCACCCAUGCAUCCAACAACAUCCAACAAGGCCAGACAUGAGUGUCCAGUGCUGAAUGGUGUGUAAGUUCUCUUGAAACAGGUAAGCUGUGAACACUGCCUGGACCUGCAGCUUGUGUUGGUUCUGGAACCUGAAGGCAGAGAGCUGGGGUCUCUGUAAUAUUAAUUCCCCCAGGCCCGUAGGAUAUUUAAGACAAUGUGAUGCUAGGAAGUCAGUUAUCUUUUUGUUUUAAAUACUACUCAGUGUGAUGCAGGAGGUUUCUUUCAAGCACUUUCUUUAAAACAAAUAUACUCACUGCAUUAGUUCCAUUUCUCACACUGCUAUAGAAUUACAUGAUAACAUCUAGUACUAGAAUCAGGUUUUGGGUUGGUUUUGAUAGUUCAAAGUAUUACACUGUACAAUGUUCAAAUUCUAAAUACAUGAAGUAUCAGCAGUCUUGAGGAAGUUUACUGAAGUAAUUUGCUAAGUAUUUUGAAUCUGCAGAAGAAUAACUAAUAAAACCCUCAAAUAUAACUCCCAGUGUCAUGGUUCCCAUCUCUCAUGCCCUUUGGCUUCAGCAGAUGAAGAACUUGCUGGAUCCUGCCUGCCCAGGUGCUGCCUGCACCCGUAGGCACGUGUGAACACUGUGUGUUGGGCAGAACAACCAGAGGUCUCUGGGCAGGUGGCUGCGGUGCUAGAACAUGCUUCUUUUUUCGGUGGCUUAUUUUUGUUUGAUUGCAAAAGCCAAGCCGAAGAAUCCAAAGUCCUAUUACAGCAUGGAACUGGGAGCACUGGACUUCAUGAGGGGAAGACAGCUCAGCUGGUUCCCUGUUUCGGUAGGUUUUUCAGUAGGUGGUUUUAGCUCAUCAGGACCCCAAAGGAGAUGCCGUUUAUCUCAGUUAUGUUUUUUAUAUGACCAGAACAUCUAAUUUGGAUCCAGUGUUAACUCCUGGAAUUUUCUGUGAGGUGCUCAACUAUAUUAAUUAAAUACCUUUACUUAAAAAAAAGAUGCUGAGGGGUGAUGUAGCUGGCAAGUAUCUAGGAGAUGUAGAGAUGGAUGAGUAGAACCAGGGCAGAUUGCCUUGCAUCAUAUCCUGUAGCACUGAGCUGCACCGGCUUCUGGUGGUGGAGUGAAAUUAAAGUGUUGGCCUAAGAAGGCUGUUCAGCAGCUGCUGCCUCUGUGGGUGCAGGUAAAGCAGUUGCCCAGUGUUCCUGCCCAGGUGAGAAAUGGGACAGUUUGAAAGAAGGAAACGGGGUUCCUGAUUAAUCGGAAAAGUUGAAAACUAAACUGCUUUACUGUUACUGCUGAGAGCAUUCAGUUGUGUUGCUCGUUUUGGUUUCCUCAGAAUUAACAUCUGAACAAGUCCUUGCCUGGUACUAGAUAGUCAUGAAGGGGCAGGAAGUCUUGCUAGCAAAGAAACAACUAUUUAGACCAAACCUGUGAAUAAACUAAUUCUCUUUGAUUGUG